UAGCGAGUAACGCUCCAAGGUACAUGCUUGUUGCAUAUCGAUACAUCAAGCGAGACAAGUAGUCUGUUCAAUUAUGACGACACCUGCUGCUACGGGGAACUAUUCCAAGAGACCGCGUGUUUUGGUUACUCACAGCGAUACGCCACAAGUUGCUGUCGAUUUGUUGAGAACCAAAUGCGACAUAAUUAUAAUGAGUACACCUAAGCCGAGGGAAUCGGAAUUAUUGAGAUUAAUUCCGGGAGUUGAUGCUGUCUAUGGAAAAGUUUGUAUUGAUACCAAAGUUCUUGAUAAAGCUGGCAGUAAUUUGAAAAUAAUCUCAACUCCUUCCGGCGGCUACGAUCACUUGGACCUAGACGCAAUAAAAAAGCGCGGCAUCAAAGUGGCGUACAUUCCGAAAGUUUUAACUGAUUCAGUGGCGGAAAUUGGAGUUCUCUUAUUGUUGAGUGCAGCAAGACGUAUCCAUGAGGGACGAAUAUUGCUCGAGCAAGGAAAAUUCGAAUAUGGAUUUCGAUUUCAAUGGUUGCUUGGUCAUGAUUUGCGCAAUAAAACUGUCGGAGUCGUAGGCCUUGGACAUAUUGGCGAAAGAAUUAUAAGAAGAUUAAAACCAUUUGAAGUGAAGACCUUUUUGUAUACAGGACACUCGAGAAAGGCAAUAGGAGAUGAACUUGCUGCCGAGUUCGUAAGUUUUAACGAGCUCAUCAAACGAAGUGAUUUUGUCAUUAAUUGCACUCCGUUGACACCAGAAACUUAUCAAUUAUUCAAUGCCGAUAUUUUCAAUAAAAUGAAGACAACCGCUGUGUUUGUGAAUAUCGGUAGAGGAAAGUCUGUCGACACUAACGCACUAACUGUAGCACUGAGGAACAAAACAAUUUUCGCCGCUGGACUUGAUGUCACUGACCCAGAACCAUUACCCUCAAAUCACGAGUUGUUCCAACUUCCAAACGUUGUGAUUACGCCUCACAUGGGUUGUCAGACCGUCGAAACGCGCAACGAAAUGGCCAUUGCAGCCGCUCAUAAUGUACUUAAUGGUUUACUAGGACAACCUUUGUACGACGAGCUUUAAUAAAAUUAAUAAUAUUUAGGAG